GACUGGAGAGAACUGCAAGACAGAGUCGGAGGGAAAAGUAAGAAAAAAAAGCAUCUGACAAAAUAUCAAGCAUCAAAAAUGUCUGGACGGUCUGUGCGAGCCGAGACGCGGAGUCGCGCAAAAGAUGACAUUAAAAAGGUGAUGGCGGCUAUCGAGAGAGUCCGGAGAUGGGAGAAGAAAUGGGUGACUGUUGGAGACACAUCAUUGAGAAUAUUUAAAUGGGUCCCUGUAUCUGAGACCAAGCAGAUAUUCAAGAGUAAAAGCCGGAGUGGAGCAGUGAAAGAAUUAAAAGGGUUCCCAACAGAUGUCGUUCUGGAAAACGCACGCUCUGUCCUUCUCGACUUCCAAGAUGACAACAGCAACCAGAGUUUCUUGUCAGAUGCUUACCAGCCCAGUGCCAAAGUGGACAGCAGCACAAACUCCAGCCCCCAACAUGCCAGUGGUGCAGUGAGCCCUUCCUCACAGCCCUCUUUCUUCCGCACAGAGGACUCACAACCCCCCACACUUGGACAGGAGACUAUGGAGGAGCCAGCACUACCAAGUUCUGAGGUGACUGACGAACCUCCAACUCUGAUCAAAGAAGACCUGCAGCCACUUUCCAACUUAGAGGAGGAGGAGGAGGAGGAGGCGCCUGGUGUUCCACCACCGAAGAGAACAUCCACAGAGCAAAACUCUGUGCUGAGCUAGCCCAGGAUUCUUUGCAGUCAGAUGGCCACUUCUGCACUCCAUCCAACACACACACACACACACACACACACACACACACACACACACUCACUCACACACACACACGUCAAAAUGAUCUGCCUCUUCAUUUUCUGCUGUUUGUGGUGGAGAAUGAUGUUUGACGCAGCAGCUAUACACAACUGGCUUUUGCUUUUUGCUUUUUUAUAUCAUGCCCCAUGGAAAACAAGUGCAUGACAGUCUCUUGCUAUAAAUAGCAGCACCUCAUCACAGGUGUCUGACAUAAGUGUUCAGAGGUCAAGAACAGCACAAAUAACAAUUGUCAGUCAUGUUUUGUCACCAUACCAAAAUUAACUCUGCUAAAAGUUUGAAAUUGAAAGUUUGUAUAUGUAUAGAAAUACUCAAACUAAUGAGGAGAGCAAAGUAAUACUCAUGUUGAGUGGCUUGCAAUUAUGGCUUGGUAAACAUUAUUUAAUCUCUGCGAAAGGUCCUUGUACAUUGUCCUGCAUUUCACUAUAUUCAUUGCCUAAUGAUUCAUUAUCGCGCAUAUGCAGUAUAUCUUUUGGUUUUCUUCCUGUAUGCACUAGCCUAUACUUGUGAACUUGAAGGAACGCAUGCAGUAGUCAUCAUUCCGCUAUUGCACUCCUGAUAUGCAGCUGCAUUCAUGCAAAAUAUUUCCACCAUUAUCCAUGUUUUAUAUACAUUUUUUGCUAAAAAAAAAAUAUUUCAAUUUUCACAUUCACAUCCACAUCUGGAGAGAGUCAUGACAAGCCAAGAAUUGUAUCAUAUGUUUCUGUCAAUAAAUGCAAAU